CUUAUUAGCGUCGCUUUGGGCGGUGCGGCUCCUCUCUCGUUCGGACCUCUGGCGACACUCUCUGAUAAGUAGCUGCAGCUCAAGAACUCUCGUCUCCGGCUGUGACCAUGGCCAGGACUGGGUUCUGCGACGCCAAGCCUCUGCUGGACGUACGCAAGAAGGCUGAUGAGAGGAGAGCCCCAUUAAGAACUUGGGCUAACGCAUGUGGGCCUAUAGAUCGCUUGCAGCCUGCAGAAGUAGACGAGACCAGGACUGCCCCAGUUAAAACAGAACCAGAACACAGAUGGGAGAGGAGGCUGUCAACACAAACCAGUGAAAGCAUCAUCAUGGAAUUCCAUGAGGACAAGAAGGCAUGUUCAGCUGGUAGAGUAGACGCAGAUGACUGUGUGGAGAAGCAUGUGCUGCUUUACCCUCAUGGGCUGCAAGGUCUUCACAGUCUGCAGGCUCUGGUUCCCAGCCUAUUUCGCCACGAAGUAGAGAUGGCAUUUGAAAAACUGGACCUCGUUUGGGACCGGACAUAUGCCUGGGAUAUAUUUUUGGAUAUGAUGAGAACUCAAACAUGGCACUCAUUUCCCAAUGCUGACCUCCCUCGGAAUUUCACUGAUGCCACUCGGGCUGUCCUGGUGGACUGGAUCAUUCAAGUUCAUGAGCUGAUGCAUUUCCAAGAAGAGACCCUCUAUCUAGCCAUACACCUCCUCAACCGUGCUCUGCGACAGCUGAAGGUAACUACAGCCAACCUGCAGCUCCUUGGCAUGGUUUGCCUCUUCCUUGCAGCAAAGAAAGAAGAGAGCCUCCUCCCAGAGGUGUCUGGACUCUGCAGCUUGAUGGACAAUGCAUACUCUAAGCAUCAGCUGCUGCGAAUGGAACGCAAAGUCCUCUCUGCGCUCAAGUUUGAUCUCUCCUAUAGUCCUCCCCUGCAUUUCCUCCUCCUGUUUGCUUGUGUUGCUCGCUGUAGUGCCAUGGUAGUAUGGAUGGCCCGUUAUCUGCUGGAGUUGUCUUUACUAGAGGGCCAGUGCGUAGUGUUUCUUCCGGUACAGCUUGCUGGAGCAGCCCUGUGCUUGGCCCGCCAAGUCUUGCAAGAGAUUCCAACAGCAGAGGGGGCGGCUGCCUGGUGCCUGGCCUCCAGCAUCCACGUCGGCAGUGAGGCUACUCUGCUGAGGAUCAUGCAUAUUCUAGCCAAUGCUGCAGCCAAAGCCCACGCCCGGGAGACCUGUGCUAGUUUUAUUAAAUUCUCCUCCCAGGAGACCAUGCAUGUCAGCAGACACCCAGGUCUGAAGAAUGCAGCAAGUCUUUUGGGUGUAUGCACUUGACUAUCCUUGCUUAAAGGGACUGAAUUAUAUUAAGUAAACAAGGUGUCGAUACUUAACUAGUAUCACUUAAAGACUUGGUUCCUCUGUGGUCCAGGCUUCUAGCCAAAGCAGUAUCUUCUUGGCUACAGAUCCUAAGGAGUGGCCAUGUAAAUGGGUCAGAAGCAGGCCAUAUGAUGCACGAUGGAGACGGAUGCAUGCAGUUUGCUUGUAUUUGGUGAAUGUGGUGGAAAACCAGUUUUAUGAUCUUAACAUGCAGCCGGUUUAGAAAAUAAUUGAAUUGUAAUGUUUGUCUUUGUUUAUGUAGAAUGAAUGUGGGCUGUCAAGAUAUUUGAGCAAGUUUUAAUGUAAAAAUAAAGCAUCUGCUGCAAAUUUGAA